CUUUUGGCUGUAAGGCAGUUUGUAAUACACUUUGCACGCGAGCUUCCAAACACAAUGAGCGAUUGGGGUAAAUUGUCAAUAAUGAUAGACAUGCAUUUCCCAUAGAAAGAGGACCAUUUCUUAUUCAAUACUUUGGUACUAUUCCAUCAUGACCACCACACUAUUGUAAAUGAAUGUUUUUAUAGAAGAAGAAUUUGAUAAGGAAGAAGUCGUUAUUAGCAACCGACCCAAGAUGGCUUGGGACGAUGAGGAAGAAAGUGAUGACGACAACAACAAGAAAAAUACAGUGAAGGAAUCUUGGGACGAUUCUGGAGACGAAUGGGACGAUGAAGAGAAGGAUGGUGGAGUUUUCGAAGACGAUUUGUUUUCUGCUGCUGCACCCAAGAAAGCCGCCGCCACUACCACUACAGCACCUGCUAAAAAGAUGACCUUGAAGCAAAAGAUUGCCGAAAAGGAAGCUAAAUUACAAGAACAAAAAGCAAAAAAGAUCGCGUUGGCGAACCGAUUUUUAGACGGUGAGACUGAAGAGGAAAGAUUUGAGCGUGCUCAAAAAGAAGCUGGUCUCCAUAAAUCCGAAGGCGAUGAGAAUGGCGAAGAGGUCGAAGUGAAAAAGAAGGAGCCUUCAAAGCCAGUAGCUUCUUGCAAACCUAGAACCCAAAAAGAAUUUGAAGAAUUCAAGAAACUGCUGGUUGACCUUAUCCUCGACCAAAAGAAUAAUGCCAGCUAUGCCAGUUUUGUUGAAGCAUUUGCAAAGGAUUUAGCUCAACCUAUGAAGGAUAUGGAUAUUCGAAAAGCCGCUUCUAGUCUAACAGCACUUGCCAAUGAUAAACAACGUCAACAAAAAGAAGCACUAAAGUCGAAUAAGAAAGGAAAGGGAAAGACGGCUGCCGCACCUGCAAAGAAGGCUGCACCUGCUCCUACGAGGGAAUAUUCUACUACUUAUGACGAUUUUGACGAUUCAUUGGGAGAGGGCUUGUCUAUCUCCAUUCUAUGAAUAUCCCAGUUUUCGUCUGCUGUGGAUUUGGGUGGAAAGCGCAAUAUAGAUUAACAGCAUUAAAUUUGCAAGCCAUCCACUCCUAAAUAAAGGUGACUUAAUUUCCUCUUCCGCCCAUCGUUCUUCUUUCCCCC